AACUCCAUCAUCGUCAUCAUCAGAGCUUCUGCCCAAUCGUUUCGAUGUCAACUCCUCCUAAAACCCUAACCCAUAACCCUAACCAAUCCUGGACCGUCGUCUCCCAUCGCCGCAACCGCAAGCGACCAAAAUCCAAAUCCAAUCCCAAUCCCGACCAAUUCGAAACCCUAACCCUAAAAUCCCCAAUCCCAUGGACCCCUCUCGAUUCCCAACCCAACCCCAUUCUCCAAUCGAAACUCCUAUCCAAGCUCCAAUCCUCCCUAAGCAAGCUCAAAUCAUCCCAAUUCUACAACCAAUUCCUCUCCCAGCUCCAAUGCCCCCAAAUCCAGUCCGGGCUCAACAAACUCCUCUCCUUCAAUCCCCAAUUCGAUCUCAUAAUCUACGGAAUCGGCAGCAUUGACUCGUACGAGACCCCAAGACUCCAGCUUUCGCUCGCCCUUCUCAUCCUCGAUCGGCUCAAGCCCCAAAUUUCAUCAAUUGAAGUGUUCGACCCGAUAAUUUCAACAGCCGAGCAAGCGGUUAUCGAACAAUUGGGAGUCGCUGUAAUGGGUGUGGAUGAGCGAGGGCGAAGAGAGGUAAAAGUUCCGACUUUGUUCUUUAUGCCACAUUGUGAGGUCCAAUUGUAUGAUAAUUUGUUGGAUGCAAAUUGGGGAUGUGAGAAUUUGAACAAAAUGGUUAUUCUGGGAAAUAGUUUUGGGGAGUACGAGAGGUAUGUGGAGGAGAAAAAGGGGGCGAGUGGGUCUGUGAAGGUGGAGGAGGCGGGUAAGCGGGUUAUCGGCUCGAGGAGGUUCGUUAGGGAGGUGAGAUUGGAGGGAGGUGAGGAUUGUGAUGAUGAUAACGGGUUUUUUCGAGCUUUUCAUGAUAUUAGUUGGCAUUUCUUCGAUGUGGGCCAGGAUGUCCAUUUGGAUUUUGUUUGAAAUUGAAUAAAUGACAUCUGUAUGAUUGUUGAUUGUUCUUGAUAUCUUGAACAUGUUUCGAUUUUGUACGGUUGUAUUGUUUAUUUAGUUAUUGCUUUUGCAUGGUUA